AUGGCCGGCGCAAUUAUAACUCCGCCCGACGCAACCGUUGGACUCGACGCCUGCUGUUCCUGCUGUAACAGUACACACCAAUGUGGAGGUCUUGCAUUCACCAUUCCAUCCAUUCGGUCGAGGAACCCUCGAACUACAUUGCUCGGAGGUGCUUUGCAUGAAUUAAUUGCGUAUGUCAACUUCUGGACCACCCUAACGCUCGCCUUGCGAUUCCUCACGAAGUUGCAUCUGAUGCUGGACACCUAUAGGUGUAUCCGAAUCCUCCCCCUCCCUGCAGAACUCCUGCUAUACAUCUUCAAGCUCGCAACUGACAAUGUCAUAAGAGAUAUCGAUCGGUUUGUCGACCUCCCACCCUUUGAGUCGAUUGACUCUCAGGCCAAGGAUGAACAAUGCGACUUGGCACUCAAAACGAAGUGGUCGAUCACACUUACGUGUUCUGCUUUCAGACGCUUAUGUACCGACUUUCUGUAUGAGGAUAUACGAGUGAGGCAUGGCUCAGCUGGGCUUGCUGAUGUGCUGGAGAGAUCGGAAAUGCUCGCACCAGGUGCCGGAGUAGGAAGAACGGUGAAGCGUGCAGUGUUAUUCCCUUUGGAGCCAGAAGAUGAUUCCGCUCCUUGUGACCGGAUUUCCAAGCACACUCGCCGAAUAUUGGCUUGUUGCCCUAAUAUCCGUGCCGUCUUCCGACCAAAAGUGCCACUGUCGGGACAGUGCUCAAGUGGAGAUGCAGACAGUGACGAUACUGUGAACGUUCCGCUAGAGUUCCCAUCUUUGCAGCGCGUGGACUGGUCAAGUUGUCCUUCAGAUGAUCCACCCACACUCUCUCAGCUUCCUUGUUCUAUCUGGAGUUCCGAAUCGUUGAAGACACUAUCCGUCGGUGUAAAGGAGUGGUCUCGCUUCACGGGCAUGCAAGGAACGGAAGUCACCAAUAUAUUCUCUGGGAUACAUACUCUCCGUGUCCGUUCUCUCGAUGCAUUUGGCACACCUGGUCAACGACUCUUCUCACUUGAGCUUCCGUCUCUGCAUCGUCUCGUCCUCGAACAGCCGGACUCGAUGUAUGCUCUCUUCAGCGUAGUGCAGUAUGGAGAUCAAAUAACUACUUUGGAGUUCGGGUUGCAUAAGGGAUUCCUCGAACAUGACUAUAUCAUGGUUCUCCUGGUCUAUUGUCCAAAUACCACGGACUUAUACUUCCCGAUCUUCACAACCUCCGUCACACGCCGAAACUCAAGAGGUAUGUCCUUUACGCACUCCAUCAAGCGCAUCGUGUUGCAUGCGGCGGUCGAGGAAGGAUCUGAAGUUGAUGAAGAACAGAAAUGGGACCACCUUACGUCGCAAUUUGAAUCUAUUUGUGGAGAGCAUUCGAGGUUCAUGAAACUCGAGCGGAUAACGUUGUAUGGUGAGGAGUUAGGUUAGAUUGUGAGGAUGAAGAGGCUAUGAUGAUUUUGGAAUGCCGUAACCGUAACGCUUCUCUCACACCAUGUGGUGACACUCCAAUACUAAUACCUGUCAUUCAAUAGUUUACUACUGAUACACACUGUCUUCCUUUCCUUUCUCUUCUAUCCUUUUAAUAUCUGCUCAGGCAUUUAUGAUUUAUGAUUUAGAAUAUUGAUUUAGUCUGGGUACUCCACACCCCACAAC